AUGAGACUAUCAGCAUUUCCAUUAGCAGGACUCCUGUUUCUGGGUAGUCUAGCCACAGCCACGACAGACCCUCUGAACUACCGAAACAUCCCCGGCUACGUGGCUUCCAACACCUCAACCGCGACCGCCGCUUUGGGUCUAAUCAAGUCCCGACCGGAGCUGAGCAUCUUAGCCGAGAAAAUCGCACAGCUAGGAGGGUUCACUCAAGCGUUUGACACCAAUCCGAACUGGAAAUUCACCUUCUUUGCCCCGAACAAUGAUGCUUUUGAAAGCUACACCGGAGCAUACUUUGACACAUUCGAAACGGCUCCAAAAGGAAAAUGGUGGUUGGGAAACACCAUCUUGCACCACUAUGUGCCUAAUUCUGCGCUCACAUCAACCAGUUUUAAUGCUACGUUGCAGCGAUUCCAGACGGCUACCUAUCUUUUCGUGGGGUCUCAAGUGCAAAAUGGAACUGUCGUUCUCAACAAGGUCGCUAGAGUGGUGGAAUCAGAUAUCCCGGUUACAAGCGUGAGACUCGCCCCAGUUCCAGGGCGUGGUGCACAUCAUUGA